CCAGAUCAUCAACUCUUCCAUCUCUCUUCUGUACCUCAACAAACAUCUCCACCCUCACCGUCACCAUGGUCAGCCCCAAGACUGUCGGAAUCGUUCUGGCUCUCGCCGUUUUCUGCGCCAUCUUCGCCCAGAGCGACGCUGGUUGCUGCUGCUGUUGCAAGAAGAAGUGCUGUUGCGAACCCGAAGUUUGCCUGCAUCACCACGUCUAUGCUAAGCCCUGUGAUUGCGGAUGCGGACAUGGUUACGGACACGGAUACGGUCUCUACAACGGCUGGGGACACGGUUACGGACUCGGAUACGGAUACGGACACGGAUACGGCUCCGGAUGCGGCUGUGGUUGUGGAUGUAAAUGUGGAUGCGGCUGUGGAUGCAAGAAGUGUUGUUGUUAGUUCCUGAAUAUUUUAACUAAUUUAUUUAUUUAUUAAAUGUAUUGUUGAAUUUUA